AUGGCCACCCCCCAAGACCUCGUGCAAGCCUACCGCAAGCUACUGCGCGCCGGCCUCCGGGCGGUGCAGUUCGCGCAGCCGUCGCGGACGACGCUGACGCGGCAGCUGCGGGCGGGCUUCCGGGACCCGCGCGGCACCUUCGACCUCCAGCGCGUCCGCCACACGGUCUGGUUCCUCAACGCGGCGGCCCAGCAGCGCGGGCUCGAGCACCGCAUCCUCAAGAACCUGUGCCGCGUCCACUGGGAGCGCGAGAACGAGGCGUCGCGCACGCCGUGGCGGGUGAGGGUGCGGAGGAUGGAGAUGGAGGAGCAGGGGAAGGGGAGGAAGGGGAAGGAUGAGGAUGUCAUCAAGGGCACGCAGUACGAGCAUUAUGAACGUACGGUUGCUAUGCUCAAUGAUACCAUGGGGUUGUGUCUGCGAUGA